AUCACCAUGCUUAAUGUCACGCGGUUGUGCCACACAAAGAGCCUGGUGGCUGUGAACGGGCAAUUUCCAGGGCCUCGCAUUGUUGCCGGGGAGGGUGAUCGUCUCCUCAUCAAAGUCAACAAUCAUGUCUCAAACAACAUUACCAUCCAUUGGCAUGGCAUUCGGCAGCUUCGAAGCGGCUGGGCUGAUGGACCAGCGUACAUAACACAAUGCCCGAUACAAACAGGCCAGAGCUAUGUGUACAAUUACACCAUUGUUGGCCAAAGAGGAACUCUGUUCUGGCACGCUCACAUUUCUUGGCUAAGAGCAACUGCAUAUGGUCCUCUAAUCAUCCUACCCAAGCAUCACGUCCCGUAUCCAUUUGCUAAACCGUACGAGGAAGUCCCCAUCAUCUUUGGUGAAUGGUUCAAUGCCGACACCGAGGCCAUAAUUAGCCAAGCUUUACGAACAGGUGGUGGUCCAAAUGUCUCUGAUGCCUAUACCAUCAAUGGACUUCCAGGGCCUUUGUACAAUUGCUCUACUAAAGAUACAUUUAAGCUGAAAGUUAAAGCAGGGAAGACUUACCUUCUUCGGUUGAUCAACGCUGCACUAAAUGACGAGCUCUUCUUCAGCAUUGCAAACCACACUCUCACUGUGGUUGAAGCGGAUGCAAAUUACGUUAAACCUUUCGAAACAGAUACGAUCCUAAUUGCACCUGGACAAACAACUAACGUUCUUCUCAAGACCAAGCCCCAAUUCCCCGCUGCCACUUUCCUCAUGCUGGCUACACCAUAUUUCACAGGAGCUGGAACCUUUGACAACUCCACCGUCGCUGGUAUUGUAGAAUAUGAACUGUCUACGUCACUUAAUUCCGCUACUGCAAUUUCAGUGAAGAAACUCCCACUCUUCAGACCCACCUUACCUGCUCUAAACGACACAUCCUUCGCCGCCAAUUUCUCGAAUAAACUACGCAGUUUAGCAAGUCCACAGUACCCUGCAAAUGUUCCCUGGAAUAUUGAUAAACAGGUCUUUUUCACAGUUGGCCUUGGAACUAGUCCAUGUGACCAACCCCAAGGCUGCCAGGGUCCCAACGGAACCAAAUUUGCGGCAUCCGUCAACAACAUCUCGUUCGUACAACCCACCACAGCCCUUCUCCAAUCUCAUUUCUCAGGCCAAUCCAGUGGUGUUUACAGCCCAGAUUUCCCGUUCAACCCAUUGCACUGGUUCAACUAUACUGGAAAACCACCGAACAACACCAUGGUGGGUAAUGCCACCAAAGUGCUGGUGGUCCCUUUCAACACCAGCGUGGAAUUGAUCAUGCAGGACACCAGCAUUCUUGGUGCCGAAAGCCACCCUCUCCAUCUUCACGGAUUCAACUUCUUUGUAGUUGGGCAAGGAUUUGGGAACUACGAUCCAAACAAGGACCCCAAGAACUUCAACCUUGUGGAUCCCAUUGAAAGGAACACCGUUGGGGUUCCGUCCGGCGGGUGGGUUGCCAUCCGUUUUUUAGCAGACAAUCCAGGAAUGUGGUUCAUGCACUGCCAUCUGGAUGUUCAUACAAGCUGGGGUUUGAAGAUGGCGUGGCUUGUCUUAGACGGAAAGCUUCCCAAUCAAAAGCUUCUUCCACCGCCAGCAGAUCUCCCAAAGUGCUAAUAAAUUUGUUCUCUUUUUUUGGCCUUUUGAUCUCCCUAUUCAGGUUUUUUU